UCACGCUGUAUACGCCUGCGCUAUAAAAACAGCAGCACGCGCUGGCCGCACUCCUCUAGGAGGAGUCUCGCGAGAGGACACUUGCUCUCGCGGUGGUUUGUGAAUCAGCUGUGGUUACCUGGCAACGCACAGACUCCAACUGUAACAACCAGAGCGGCUCAGCGAUGGACGCAGACAGAGACAACUACUACCUGGACCAGGUUACAAUUUCUGAAGGAUCAGAAGACGGUUAUCAGUAUGAAGAGAUUCCAGAUGAUGAUGACUUAAGUCUUACAGAUGGGGAUGAAGAUCUGUUGAGAGCAGUGCAAACAGUUCAAGAACAGGCUGAAGAUGUCCAGUCUCAAAGAUCCCCUCUUUCUCCUCAGCGACCUGUCUCUCACAGGCCUGAAGUAGUGGAUGAUUUUCUUCGCAAUUUUCUGAUUAAAAUGGGCAUGAUGAAAACCUUGGAAUGCUUUCAGACAGAAUGGUAUGAAAUGAUGCAAAAAGGCCUCCUGCAGCCAGAAGCUGUUGGUUUUGUCCCAGAUGUUUAUGCUUCCAACCAGAUGCUAGACUCUGAGAUAAAGAGUUUGAAGAAAGAAGUGGAAACAUACAAACUUGCUGCAAGUAAAGCUAAAGAAACGCUGGUAAAGCUACAGAAAGAGCGCAAUUUCCACAGGAUGCACCAUAAGCGUGUGGCCCAGGAAAAAAACAAGCUCAUUAAUGACAUCAAAAGGUUGAAGGCGCAUUAUGAUUCUUAUGAACCAUUGCUGAGGCAGCUGCAUGAAAAAUACCAAACAGUGUUGCGGCAGAAGAUGCUGACCAGUCUAGAGAGGGACCGAGCUGUUGGAGAGGUGACUGGUCUUCAAGCUACCUUGAAGAACUUGGAAUCUGGACAUAAAGUCGAUCUCCCUGUGAAAAAGGAUGAUGUUAAACCCAACAAGGAAGAGGGUCCUACUCAGAAGUCAAUUCGAGAGGCUCGUGAAAAAGAACUGUUACAGGAAGGGGUAGCUCUAUAUAAUGCAGAAAAAGACCCCAAUAAACAAAUUGGAAAGACACAUCCUAAGGACUCUGAAUUUCCUCCAGACAACAGAGUGAAUCCUCUUCUGGCUCAACUUAAAGGGAAGAGCAGCCAUCUCCUUAAAACAAGUGGAUACAGUUUGAGCAACACUCUUAAAGCACACGAACUAGCAGUGAGCUGUUUGGCCUUGCACCCUCGUAAAGAGAUCUUGGUUACCGCCAGUGAUGACCGUCUUUGGAAGAUGUGGUCCAUUCCCAGUGGAGAGAUCAUCAUGACUGGUGAAGGACAUUCUGACUGGCUUUCUGGCUGCUGCUUCCAUCCAAAUGGCACUAGAUUGGCAACAUGUUCCGGUGACUCAACAAUUCGUAUAUGGGACUUUGCAAAGUCGGAAUGUAUCCUAACAUUGGAAGGACAUACACAUGCAGUCUGGGGCUGCUCCUGGCACUCGUGUGGGGAUUUCCUGGCUUCCUGCUCCCUAGAUAACAACAGCAAAAUAUGGGAUCUCAACAGUGAAAGGUGCAGGUACACCAUGAGGGGCCAUGUGGAUUCUGUUAAUAGCAUUGAGUUCCUGCCAUAUUCCAACAUUGUGCUCACUAGCUCUGCUGAUAAGACCUUGUCCCUGUGGGAUGCUAGGAUGGGCAUGUGUGCUCAGACCUUCUAUGGACACCUCCACUCAUGCAACUAUGCUACAUUCAACUUGAAGGGAGACACCAUUGCAUCCUGUGACUCCUAUGGUAUUUUGAAGCUUUGGGAUGUGCGGAAGAUUUCAGUGAUGUUAUCAGUCGAUGCCGGACCUCACCCUGGAAAUCAGGUGGCCUUUGAUCCAUCGGGUCAGUUGGUGUCCCUCGCCAGCAACGAUGGAACAGUCAAGAUACUGGUGCUAGCAACUGGACAAAUGACCAGCCUAGUAGGCCAUGAAGAUGAUACUCAAUGUGUUAUCUUUGACCACAAAGGAGAUUAUCUGAUCUCUGGGGGAUCUGAUGGAACUGUUCGAUUCUGGUCCUAAGAAAAAGCGACUUCUAAUGUUAUCCAUAGUAUCUUGUCUACAUACUGUGCACCUGUUUGGAUCAGUGUGAAAUAUGCAAACACGACUAAGAGUUUUAAAUGUUUAAUAAAGUUUUUCUUGUUA